AUGUUUCAUAUAUCAUUUAUUUUCUUACCAUUCAUAUUUACUAUUUUAACAAUGACAAUGGCUAAUCCAUGUCCAUGUGAAUUGAUUGCUAACGAAUCAUUAUCAAAUAAUCCUGCAAAUACUGUUGUGGACUCAGUCAUGAAUCAGUUAGUUGAUGAUGAAACUUUUGAAGAUUAUCUUGAUCAACUUCCGGCUCCAUCACAAUCAGAAACAUCAACAGAUUUAUCAUCAUUACAUCCAUUAUUUCGACAAAUUAAAAGUUUAGAAACAAAUCGUAAACGUUUUAAAAGACCAAGUUGGGCAACUGUUGGAAAACGAGCAUAUUAUAUUCAUAAUAAACCACCAUCAUGGGCUCAAAUUGGUUAA